UCUGUGGAAAUAAUAUUUAUUUGAACCUAUUUCAACCAAUCUUAAUUGACACAUUUUAUUGUUUUCGGUCAUGAAACCCAGCGACAUACAUAUUACUCCACAAAAAACGGUUAAUUUCGUUUAGAAUGAGCGAGUAUAAGUGAGAACCGAUAGCCAGAAUGGAGGCUCGUGGCGGGCUGCGCUGCAGCGCGAGACUCAACGGUGAGGCGAGUCGUUCCUCGACGGGUACGAGUAGCAACGGAGGCAACCUCACCGUAAACAAGAGACCGCUGGCGGCGGCGGCGGCGGCGGCGGCGGCGGCGCUGCGGCGGGCGCGGGCCGCCGAGCGCGCGCGGGAGGUGGAGGACAGCCCCAGGGUGCUGCGGGACAAGUGCCGCCGGCUCGCGCGCGCCCUGCGCAACGCCAAGCAUCUCGUCGUGUACACCGGUGCGGGCAUCAGUACGGCUGCUGAUAUUCCCGACUAUCGUGGGCCGCACGGAGUGUGGACGCGACUACAGCGGGGCGAGACCGUAGGGCGCGUGGAGGUGUCCCGGGCGCGGCCGACGUUCACGCACAUGGCGCUGACGGCGCUGUGGGCGCGCGGCACGCUCAAGUUCGUGGCGUCGCAGAACUGCGACGGGCUGCACGUGCGCGCCGGCCUGCCGCGCCGCGCGCUGGCCGAGCUGCACGGGGACAUGUUCGCGGAGCUGUGCGCCGCCUGCCGCCGCGUCUACCUGCGGGCCUUCGACACCACCGAGCGCACGGCGCGGCACGCGCACGCCACGCGCCGCCUGUGCCACGACUGCGGCGCCGAGCUGCGGGACUCCAUCGUGCACUUCGGGGAGCGCGGCCGCGCCGCCUGGCCGCUCAACUGGGCCGGGGCGCUGCGGCACGCCGCGCGCGCGGACGUGGUGCUGUGCCUCGGCUCCAGCCUCAAGGUGCUGCGCCGCUACCCGCGCCUGUGGCGCAUGCACGCCGCGCCGGCCGCGCGCCCCGCGCUCUACAUCGUCAACCUGCAGUGGACGCCCAAGGACUCGGUGGCCGCGCUCAAGAUCAACGCGCGCUGCGACGCGGUGAUGCGGCAGGUGGCGCGGCGGCUGCGGCUGCGCGUGCCGCCCUACCGCGCCUCCCGCGACCCCCUGCUGGCGCACGCCGAGCCGCUCGCGGAGCCCGAGGCGCACACCUCGCGCCGCCCCCCGCUCCGCGCGCCGCCCGCCUCCGCCUCCGCCUCCUCCGACGAGCCCUCCUCGCCCUCCGCCUCCGACUCGGACGAGGAGCUGCCGCUGCGCCGCCUGGCCGACCGCCUGCGCGGCCGCCCCCCGCCGCCCCCCGCGCCGCCGCCGCCCGACCUGCUCCACGCCUUCCAGGUCAACAUGCGGUCCGGGGAAGCGACCAUUUUGUUGCGUGCCGAGCACGCGCCGACUCUGUGCAGUCAGCGUGCGACGUCGCCCGAGCGGAAGACCACGAGCGCGCUGCGGCAGUACAGGAGGCCGCGCCCCCCGCCCCGCGCCAACGGAUCCCUCGCCGCCCCGCCCACCGCCGGCACCGCCUCGCCGCUCCUCAUCGAGCCCAAGAAGGAGGAGGACGAGGGCGGCGGCGACGCCCGCCGCGCGCCCUGGGACCUCGGCGGCGGCCUGCGGCGCCUGCUCCACCGGCCCGCGGACGCCAACGGACUCGCGCCCAAGACGGAGUUCAAGGCCGAGCCCGAGUCGGAGUCGGAGGGCGAGGUGAAGUCGGAGGCGGGCGAGUGGGAGGAGCCGUCGGCGGAGGCGGCGGAGGCGGCGGCCGGGUCGCUGGCGGCGGCCAUCAUCGCGCGCGCGGUGCUGGUGUGCCGCGCGUCGCUGUACCCGGGGCUGCACACCAUCCUGGCGGCGCCGGCGGACGCGGUCGAGUGCGCCUGGUGCCGCGGCCGGUACGGCGCGCGCCGCUGCCUGUGGUACGGCCCCCCGCGGACGCCCCCGCCCGACCGCCGCGUGUGGCGCCGCGCGCGCGGCCGCCGCCUGCUGUGCGCCUGCUGCGCCGGCGACGACGCCCCCGCCCCCGGCACCCCCGCCGCCCCCGGCACCCCCGCCGCCGCCGACGACGACGGCGGCGGCUGGUACGGCAAGGGGUACCGCAAGGGGCGCCGCCGGAGACGGUAGCGCGACACACGCUCCCCCUCGCCCCC